UUUUGCACUGGUGAAAAAUUCGAUACCAGGGCGCUUGGAGGCUGAUUGGGGUGCAUUGAGAGGGCCUGGGGUCGCUGAUUGGUUCAAGAGAAGCCCCAUAACUACAAGGAGGUUAUAUCAAAUCAACUUGUUGAAGCAGUCUUAUAGACUGGAGGGAAGUUUGUUGUUGGACUGCAUGACUUGAUUCCCUCAACAACGCUGCACGAUUAAUCAUGGACUGAAAGACUUGACAAGCAUGGCAAAUGCAGACAGUGAAGUCAAAACAUUGCUCAAUUUUGUAAAUUUGGCAUCCAGUGACAUUAAGGCGGCUUUGGAUAAAUCUGCUCCCUGCCGGCGCUCCGUGGAUCACCGGAAAUAUCUUCAAAAACAACUAAAACGCUUUUCCCAAAAGUACUCCAGAGCUCCGAGAUGCCACACACACAGAUCUGUGGAUUACAAGUGCGCUAAGCCGGUGGGAACUGUUCACCAGAGCGCGACGGUGACAGACAAGGCCAGCUCGGAUGCGCAGGAGGAGAGCGUGGGGAGCGCGGUGGAGCAGGUGCCAAUGAGGAAGCGUCAGCUACCUGCCUCAUUUUGGGAGGAACCCAAGCUGACCAACUCGGAGAACGCGUUGGUGAGACUUAAAGGGAGUCCUGCGGGCAUGCGUGAAGGGAGCGCAAAGGAAAAACAGAAAACGGUUCACGUGGAUCCAAAAGUCCCGGCGCCCGCGUCCAGCCGGCGCAGCUGGACGGAUAAAGAGACCCUGAAACUGGAUCUGAUCUCUCCCGUGUCUGUAAGCGUUUGCAGCUGCUGCCCCUUCCAGUACCACGGUCACCACGUUCUGCACAGCCACAUUGUUGUCCCCCACCCGCCCCUGGGACUGUGGAGCAAGGCAGCAAGUGAUUUAGGGAGACCCGAUCAUCCCUAUGAACAGAAAAUCCACACUCACGUUGUGGUCAAACCGAUUCCCACCAAGCCUGCAGCCCAGACUCCGAUCUUCAGUGUGUUUGGAUUAAUCUAAGCAGCAUGAAAUACCGCAGAAUUCAACAUUGUUCUGUUGUUUGCAGCAUUUUGUUUUGUUGUCAUUUUUUACACUAAAAUGAUCAAGCACUUAUUAAUGCUGCUUCUAUUUUUGUAAUUUUAAUGGACUAAAAUGCACUUUUCCAUUAAAUCCAUUCAUGUCACCUAUCAGAAAUAUUUCUAUAAAUUAAGUUUUUUUUUUCUCCCCAAUUCUAUUUAGGGAAUGACAGAUCUUUGUUCUAGCAGAAGGUUGUGUUCAUGAACUCAAACAUCAUGGCUUAGUUUCCUUUUUCUUAUCUAUGAAAACACUUUUUAAAAAUCACAGUGUUGUUUGACAGAUUUCAAAAAGUCUCUUAUCUUCAAAUAAAUGAUUCAUCUUCUCUGAAAA